AAUUUGGAAGCUUCGAGGCAAUGAAACCUCUCUCUCUCUCUCUCCACGAAGCAGCUGCUCACAGGAAGUCUUUGGGUCUUUGACUUCAGCCUGCAAUUCAAUGUCUUUUCCUUCCAUUUCAUUCAUUCGCUCCAAUCAAAAGCAGUUGUGGGAGAGACGGGCACAAUCCGAACUGGAGUUAUGAAAACUUUGUGUACAAGCAAUCACAAUCUAUCGAGAGAAACCAUCUAGCUUAUACGAAUUUGAGAAGAUGGUGUUCAAUCUCCGAACCUUCAGUUUUACUGAGUCUGUUCAAGGUGACCCAACACCUCCUCCAACAACACCUCCCAAAAGCUUCUCCCUAAGGGAGCUCCGAGUCGCCACAGACAACUUUAGCCACGACAACUUCUUGGCGGAAGCUAGAUUCGGGAAGCUUUACCGGGGGCGUUUGGCUGAUGGUUCGGUAGUGGCAGUAAAGAGAGCGACCUUUGUCGAUCGAUGGAGGGAAGAGCAGUUUGAAGCAGAAGUGCAACUGGGAAGCUCGACGCACCCUAAUGUGCUAUGCGCAAUCGGCUUUUGCAGGACCAAGAAAGAGCUUGUACUGGUCUAUCCCUCGAUGAUCAACUGCAGCCUAGCUUAUCAUCUCAGACAUAGACGGGAUCGGUCCAUCCGACCCCUCGAUUGGACGACUCGGAAGCGUAUAGCCUUGGAAGCAGCAAGAGGUCUUGCGCACCUACAUGAUCAAGGCAACAUUAAGAUCGUGUACCGCGACAUUUCCACUUCAACUAUAUUGCUGAAUACCCAAUUUGAGGCCGUGAUAGGAGGUUUUUGGUUUAAGGGAAGUACUUUUCCUAUUCUCAACCCCCCUGUGAGAGUCUCAUCCUCAUCCCAAGGAAAAGAUUCGCAUGAUUCUGAUUCCUCUUCUCAAACUCAUCAUCUCAACAAAGACUCCUAUGUUGACACCACCAAUGCCUCCAGCGGUGUUGAGUUAAUUGACCCGGAGGGGUGGCUCACAGGGAAGCGCGUUCCGAAGAAGGAUGUUCACGCCUAUGGGAAAAUGCUUCUUGAGCUCAUCUCUGGACAGCCAUAUUUAAAACUUGAUGUGUCUGCGUAUAAUAAAAAUCUCAGUUUGGAGCAAUGGAUUGGUCGAUUUAUGGGCAAGAACGAGUUGGGAAGAGUGAUCGAUCCCAAUUUGCACGGGAAGUAUGUGGAAAAAGAAGCAGAGCAGCUAGUCCGACUAGCAUUAUUGUGUGCGGACAGCGAUCCAUCUGUCCGACCCGAGAUGUCAGAAGUGGUUGCAAUGAUCGAAAGCCAAAUGCUUGGGCGGGAUCAUAGCAGCAGGAGCAAUUGGAGUGGAAGCGAGUAUGAUUCAACUCCUUACUAUUCCUUACCUCCUUCUCCUUCUCUCUCAUUGGAGAUAUGCUAAAUCUCGAUCACCGUUGUCUUCUACAGGCUCAGCUUUUGUUUGUAUGAUCUUUGUUUUGUGACAUAUAUUACAUGCUUUACCUUA